UUAUUGCUCUAAUCAGUAUAAAAGCACAAAAAAUCCCUUUCGAUAUCUCAAAUCUUCUACUCACAUUCAACGCAGGUGAUAAACUCAACUGGCGAUAGUCAACAACAACAAUGUCUACGAGCCCAAACGCGCAUGGAGGACGUGGUGAUCAGACGGCGACGGCGCGCUCAAAUUCAAGGAGCCGCAUGCGACAUGGUGCUGGUGAGAGGAUGAGCAAGCAACGUAUUCAGACCCGUCCGAGCGAUGUUCAACAGCUGAGGGAUCUGCGCCCCGUGUUGCUCGCCUGGUUGAAGUCGAAGGAUGCGUUCUUUUCGCCAUUGGAGGCAGCUACAGGCCUUGACCGUGAACAGAUGUUCUAUGCUGUCAGUGCCAUCGUCCUGAUCCUUGGCAAUUUCGCUGGCCUCCUCUGCAACAUGAUUGGAUUCGUCUAUCCAGCAUACCAGUCGGUAAUCGCUAUUCGGUCGGAUGACAAAGAAGACGACACGCAAUGGUUAGUGUACUGGACGACGUUCGCCUUCUUCACUGUGCCCGACCAGUUCGCCUCGCAGAUCUACAGCUACUUCCCGCUCUACUGGGCCGUUAAAGCCGUGUUCCUUCUCUACUUGGCAUUGCCGCAGACCUAUGGAGCGCACAAUAUGUAUGCCAAGUAUGUGGAUCCGGCAUUCGACGCGAUUAGUAAUUCCUCGCUGAUGAGGUAG